UGGAUAGAGAGGAACAGUAAUCACAGAUUAGAGGGAUCCCUGCCAAAAAACACAAAACCCUAAAACACAAGGUCCAAUAGCAGCAAGGAACACGGCAAAACCCUCUCUUUCCUUUGCAAGAACAACGACAAUCAAGCACACUCUCACACAACCUUUAUACCUUUUUUAAAAACAAAAACAACAAGCCUACACAUAUUCAGACACAGAGACGGUUAGUGCAGGGAGAAGAAAAAAUAAUAAUUAAUCAAUAAAAAAAUAAAAAAAUUGAACAAGAUCCUCCUUUCCCAGAGAAAGACAGAACCUUUUGCUUUUUAAUGCUCUGCCCCUCUUAAAAAUUCAGUCUUUGAGGCCCCUUCUCUCUUUCUCUCUCCCUCUCUUUACUUUCUUGAAAAUCGUUCUCUCUUUCGUUUUUACUCCCUCUCCCUCUAAAGCUGAAGAGAGAAGAAGCCAUGAAGGAGAAGCUUGAUAUGAAGAGGAAAUGGCAGUAGUAUUGACAAUGGCACAACAAAGCAAGAACAACAAUGCCAACAGUAGCCAUAAUAAUAGUGUUUAUGUAAACAACAGUACUGCAACAAGCCAACAGCAACAAAAACAAGAUUUGAAGGCAAUGUUUCAUGAUUUCUUGGGCAUGAAAGGAACUACAGAUUCACCAGUUGUUUUAGCUCCAAAAAAUAAAGAUGGGUCUCCUUCUGCUUCUGCUUCACUUGGAGCUUCUUCUGGUGGUGGCCGUGGACCUCUCUCUUCUACCUCUGAUCUAGCUUCUGAAAGGCAGGCUGGAAAUCAUCUUGAGGGGAUUCCAUUUUAUGGUCCAAGGAGUGAUAUUUCUGGUCCUGAGAUAAGCAACAGAUUAGCAGGAAGUAAGCGGAGCAAUUCAGAUUCUGCCUUUACAGGAUCAAGGGAUGGGAUUCCACAAAUGGCUCAUGAUUCCAUCGAGAGCCUGCAUUUGAUGAAGAUGCUAAAAAAUGGAGGUGGCAGAGAACGGCCUAGAAGGUCCAACGAUGACGAGGUUUUCUAUGGUAUGCAGCCAAUGAGGCCGAGUUCUGCAUCUCUCAUACUGCAACCUUCUGCUGGCAGUAGACUUGAUGCCAACGUUUCCAAACAAGAUCGAUCCAUUCCCAUGGGGAUAGGUGCAUAUCCUCCGCGUGGCGGUCAAUUUGUUCCUUUUACGCAUCAAGUUCCCACAAACAGAUUCAGAGACACAAAUGCUGGUCCUUCAAUUGUCUCACAAUCUGCUGCCGAUGAAGGAUCCAGAACUGGAAUCAAAGGCCCUGGAAUUCUGAGUUCUAUAAAUGCUGGCAGCGGUAUCUCUGAGAAAAAUUCAUCCAGAGGGCUGCCUAGUGGUGGCAAACCCAAGACUGGGAUUCAUAUUUCAGAGCCAGAAUCUUCAAAUCCUUCAAGUCGGCAGGGUUUAACAUCUGCCAGCCGCCAGAUGACUAUAUUUUAUGGUGGUCAAGCUCAUGUUUUUGAUGAUGUUCACCCAAACAAGAUGGCCAGAUACACCUCACGGCUCGAGUUAAGAGUUGACUUGGUUGAAUACAUGUUGAAAGUAGCAGAAUUCUCUUUUGAAUUAAUUUAUCAUAUACAAUGGCAAGAAAACGUAACAGAGCUACAAACUGACGCCUAGUUCACUAGACUGCAGUUACUCAAGUGAGAAAGUCCGAUGAUGGUUUCUUUUUAGAGUGGUGGGAUUACUUUUUAUACAUUACCUGACAGUAUUCUCCCUUAGUGAACAGAGAGUCACAUGAGUAUCUAUGUUUCAAGUAGUUCCUUUUCCUUUAAAGUGAGCACAUAUCCAUGUUUUAAGUUGUGAUCUCUCUUAACCUUCCCAACCUUUUUUUUUUGUAUCAGUCCUGUCUUUUGAAUUUUGUUCAUCUUAAGUUGCUUAUUGUGUAUUAAUACAAUUGGUGUGUUUAUUCCUUGGUGAAGCUUAAGAGAGGAUUGAUAUCACGUUAUUCUCUUUCCUUCCUCUCUAAACUUUGUGGUUCCAUUUUUGUCACCUUUUAUAUGCUCAGUACAGCACUCCACUAUCAUUAUUUCUGUCAAUCACAGCAAUUUUCAAACUGGGUAAAACUGUAUGGAAAGGCUACUUUUUACUGGUUGCUUGGGCUUGCUAAUGUGCCUUCCUCAUUCUUUAGUGGAUGUCCAUCAUAUAGCAUUUUUUCCGUAAAUCUGUUGCCUGUUUUCUACCAUAAAGUGUGCUUAAUGUUUUCACUUUUUUAUCCUCAUCAUGAUAGCAGUGAAGUGAUUCAUAGUGGUCUCCAAGAACGUUGUGCUUUUGAUUUAUCUAGGCUUUCAAUACGGAAGCUUCAAUUUUUGUAGUUCUGCUCAAGAAGUUAAGAUAGCCAUAUUGGGUCAUAAUUGUCCUGAUCAUUUUUCUAUAAAAUGCAUCGUUUCUUUCUUGAACUGGUGAAAUAUCUUCAUUACAAGUUUGAAUAUUAAAAGCUGCCCAUCAUUAUGUACAGAACUUCCUAUUCCUUUCAUGAUGAUGGGCGCUUUUCCUUUCUGCUAAAUCUUUAUGUGGCCCCUGUAGGAACUGUUUCUAUUAUUCAUUUUUACAAUUUCUAAUACUUUAAUAUGCUUAUGAAUGACAAUAUUUAUGUUACUUUUGUUCACUUUUUAAAAUUUAAAUCCUGGCAUAAAGAUGCUGGGUAGCAAUCUUGUGCCAAAGACCAGCUUUAAUGUUCCGAUAAAGGCACCAAUUGCGUAUUUGUCAGCCUAGGCCUCAGAGAAGAUUAAUAAAAUUGGUUUUCUGUAGAUUUUCUGAGGUAAAUCACAUAAUACUUUCCGCUAUUCAUUUCUUCCUCUUACCCCUGCAUGCGAAGGCCUCGGAGACUCAUAGUCAAAGCUGCAAAAAGUAACAGGAAUCCUUGGGGGAUUUAUGCUAUUUUUUUCCUGUGGUGUUCGACUCGGUUAUUUACAUGUGGCACAAGUAUUUAUCUCACAGUGCAUAGCCAAAUUGGUGCCUUGACCAUUAUGUGCUGUCUGAUCUAUUUCAGGCAGAUGUUAUAAUGGCCCUGGCAGGUUCAAACGGAGGAUCAUGGUCAACAACCUACUCACCAAAACCUACUGCAAGUCAAGGUAGUGAAAGUUACAUGACCAGCGGCGGGGAAUAUGAACUCCGUGGGAGGCUAUCCGUC